CCCCUCCACUGUGGUUGUCUGUUAAAAACAUAGUGUCACUACAGUGAGUCACACAGAUGCAGGACAGUGCAGGGAGAAGACACAGCUACAGACGUACAAUAGAGUUGAGGUUAGAAGUAGAAGUUAUUGUAUUUGACCACGUGUGUGUUAAGAUGUCAGAGGGAGUCUAUGAAAACGAUGAGCCUGAUGCAAUGAAGAACACAGACAUUGAUGGCCAAUUAUAUGCCAACGUAAGAGCCUUCAAGCCCAGUACAAGAGAUGGAGUUGUUGCUUCAGUACCUGUGUCCACAGAGCCUGAUAACUCAGGGAAGAGAUCCUCCAGAGUUGCUGCAGUGUGUCUGGGGCUGCUGUGUGUUCUACUUGCUGGGAUCAUAGGCCUGUCUGUCUACUAUUAUGGGGUUUAUAAGAGUUUCUUAGCCUAUAAAACCAACUCAUCUGCAGAGAGAGACCAGCUACAGACCAGCUACAACAACCUGACUACUGAGAGAGGCCAGCUACAGACCAGCUACAACAACCUGACUACUGAGAGAGACCAGCUACAGACCAGUUACAACAACCUGACUAAACAGAUAGAACAGCUACAGACUGAGAGAGAUUUUCUUAGGGGGUGGCUUACCAAUUGCAAACAAACCUGUCCUGCUGGCUGGCAGAAGUUUGAAUCCAGUUGGUACUUCCUGUCUACUGAGACUAAAACCUGGAAGGAGAGCAGAGAGGAUUGUCUGGAGAGAGGAGCAGACCUGGUGAUCAUAAACAGUGAUAAGGAACAGGAGUUUCUCUUCAACCUCAACAAGGGACUCUGGAUUGGUCUGACUGACUCUGUUACUGAGGGGACCUGGAAAUUGGUGGACGGCACCCCACUGACCACCCCAAAGUACUGGUCUCCAAAUCAGCCUGAUAAUGGUGGUGGCAAACCAGAAUAUGGUGAGGAGGACUGUGUUCAGAUACAAAAAGAUCACAGUCCUCGAAAGUCAUGGAAUGACCUAUCAUGUAGCAGCAAACUCAACUGGGUCUGUGAGAAAGUGCUUUAACAUCACCAUGACAACAUACUGUAACACAUACAGUAGCCUACAGUACACACAACUUCUUCCUUCAUUCUCUCUCUCUCUCUCUCUCUCACACACACACACACUCCCGUCACAAAACCUCAUUCACACACACGCACUAACACUUGCAUGCACGUACACAAACGCAUACACACACACACACUCCUAUUGUUGUAUUUGUUUGUAGUAUCAUAUGAAUAAAAGUCCUACUUAUUU